CCGAUGUCCAAUAUGUUGGACAUCCAGAUUCAAGCCUAUUAUUAAUAUUGUAGUGAAUUUACGACAGUAAAUCCUUCGGUCCAACGUAUUGGAUGAAUUUACGAACGCGUUGCAUGCCCAGCUGUUUUGCUGUUAUGCCACAGUGCGCUGUUAUUUGUUUAUGAAAAUUUUGUUCAUGAUGGCCGCCUUUCGUCCUACAACUAUUGACUCGAUUUUCGGGACGAAAAAACGACUGAGAUUUGGAGUAGACGAUGAAAAAAUCGAACAACUUCUGGAUGCCGACUGUUCAGACUUAGAAUUAAAUGAUUUUUCUAAUGAUGGAGUUGAUUUCGAGAUUCAGCAAGAUAUCCAGGAAAUUGAGGACGCUCCUGAGGACAUUUUGUCUGAAGAAGAUUCUGAUGACGAGCCGCUAAGUGUGAUUAGAGAAAGGAUAACUACUGAACGGGUUUAUAACAGAAACCGCAUGAAUUGGAAAAUAUUGAAAAACUUUAUUCCACCAAACUUCGUGUUUGAAGAACCUGUUGACAACGUCGAAUCUCGCAGAGAUUGGAAAGUUCAGGACUAUUUAAAAAUGUAUCUGGAUGAUGAGAUUCUCCAGAAUAUUUGUGAUUGCACGAAUGUGAAAUUUUUGGAAGAGAAGGGAAAAUCAAUGAAUCUGAUAUUACCAGAAAUUAAAAAGUUUAUAGCUAUUACAAUUUUGAUGUCAUGUUUGAAAUAUCCCCAAGUAAGAAUGUACUGGGCAAAAACAACUUAAGUUAGUGCAAUAGCUACUGCAAUGACCAGGGAUCGAUAUUUCUUGAUUAGGAAUAACCUGAAAGUAGUGAUCGAUAACAAUGUCACUCCUCAAGAAAAAACGCCCGACCGCUUGUACAAGAUUCGUCCUCUAAUUGAUCGUAUUCGGAAGGGGUGUUUGAUGUUACCGAGAUACUCAGAAGUUGCCAUCGAUGAACAAAUGAUUCCCUUCACUGGAGUUUGCAGAAUGAAGCAAUUUAUUAGAGGUAAGCCUAAUCCUGAGGGACUGAAAAAUUUUGUUUGUGCGACCCCUGACGGGCUUAUUCUCGACUUUGAAAUUUAUCAAGGAAAAAACACUUUUUUACAUGAGAAAUCUAAAAAUCUAGGAAUCGGCCCUUCAUCUGUUAUCAGAUUAACUGAAACCUUGAAAGAAGGAACGCAUAUUUUCAUUGACAGAUACUUCACCACAAUACCGCUUCUGGAAUACAUGUUGGAAAAAAAGAUGACAGUCACCGGUACAAUAAUGAAAUCUAGAAUUCCCAGGAGUGUGCAUUUAACACCUGAAAAGACAAUGGCAAGACUUGGGCGAGGUUCUUCAGAAAUGUCAGUUAGGGCAGACGGAAAAAUUUCGGUGGU